AUGACGUCCCAAUUCGACCCUGAUAUUGCUAUCGUGGCCGCGAUGGAGGCCGACGAGCAACUGUUUACCACGCGGGUUGAGAGCGCGCCAGACGACGAGGUCGCGAUUGAGGUCGACGAUCACGACCUCUGUGGCACUCCUCCGAUACAUCCCAAAGAGCUUAGCAGUGGCUCACCUCCGCAAACUCUGCCUCCUUCCGCCGCCCGCUCCUUGAUUGACGUGCCCGACGAUAUUGCGCAGAUUCGAGGUCAGAUAUUCGAGGGCAAGGAAUGCGUGGCUUUUAGCGCGGAACAAUGGGAAAAAUACUGGCCGUUUUUCAACAACAUGUACACCAAGUCGGGCAAGCCACGCGUUGGUAAAGACGGCAUCACCAAGCAAUACCUCGCCUGUCGCCUUUUUGCAUCAAAAACAAAGGUCGCGAAGGCCACCACAGGAGAGCGCAACAAGCGGGCGCGUAACCCAAUUGCGUGCCCAAAAACCGCUCGCAAAAUCACACUUCCUGAUGGUCAGGUCCGCUUUGAGCCAGUCGACCCUACCAUUUCGCAUAAUCACGACCUUGACACCAUCGAUAGUAUUUCACGGCCACAGAUCUUCAAGACGGCUGCGGGCCAGGAAAUUGCCAAAGGCUACGCGCCAGCCGCCGUUCUUUCAAGCAUCUGUGGCCACGGUGGGCAACAAGAAGGAAUUCAAGCCUCCAUUGCGAUGGCUGGUGGCACAUGGCUUUCGCGCCAGGAUGUACUCAACGCUGGUCGACACUGCCGCAAAGCCAACCCUGACUCGCGUCAAGUUGGGCACGACUUCUUACCCACCACCCAAGUGGAAGAGGUUCAGCAGUUCCUGAGCGCUAAGUCGGCUACCGGCCAGCUUUGGCUCCACAAGGCGCUCAAGGCAACACGCUCGCUUGAUGGAGAGGAUUCUCCCGGGGUUAUUUUCACCUCAGCCGAGCAACUCGCGGCCUUGCAGCGGCGAGGCCACAUCACUUUGCUCGACGCCACCCACAACACAAAUUGGCUUGGCUGGCUGCUCUACACUGUGAUGGCACGCGAUGAAUGUGGCUCUUGGCUACCUGUCGGCCAUUUUUUGACCGCCAAAUCUGAUGGCGAUGUGGUUGCUGCGGCUCUCAAACAGCUUCGCUUGUGGAUUGCGCAACACUGUGGUCAGGAAUGGAUGCUUCGCUACUUUCUUACUGACGACUCAGCAGUUGAGCAACGGGCAGUCAAGAUAGCAUUUGAUGGAUCUGGGCAGUCGGUUGAGCAUCUGCUUUGCUCUGUACACUGUGAAAGAACCCUCCGGCGACGUUUUCAAGGGCCGCGAAACAGGGUGGUAUUGGACCACAUGCUUGCGGCGCUCAAGAACAGAAGAACCAGAGUUGGGUGCCAGGCCUCUCUCGACUCCGCCAUCGCCGCAGUUGCCAGCCAAGCCGAUGCCCAAUACAUCGUCGAUCACUGGCAGAACCGGAUGGAGAUGUGGGCACACUUCGCGCGAGACCAUUCGCCCUUAUUGAUGCAGAUUGGGUCUACAAAUGCGAUCAAAGGUUACCACUCCGCCCUCAAAUACAACAACAAGUCCAUUCUACAGCGGUUUUCGCUCCUGGGCAUCGUCAAGCAUAUCAUUACUGUUGACCGGCAGUUCUUUGAGCGGGCAGCUAAAAACAAGAAGGAUUUUCGAGGCAAGUCACUUCGGGAAGCAGCCCUUUACCCUGGCGUUGGCCGGUUUCCAGUGCCUGUUCAAAUCCUUCUUGCUGUUGAGAUCAGAGCUGGCCAAACGCUUGCCAACGACGGCGAGCUAGUAAGGCCUGGUUUGCUUGAGGGUAUCACUGUCGAUACCGAAGGGGACGAAGGGGGCUUUCAAUGGGAAUCAGCUCACUGUGACUGUCGCUGGUACAGGCGUUGGUUUCUCCCCUGCUCGCACCUUUGGCAUCACCACUUCGUUAAUGACAACCUCACAUUGACGGAGAGCCGGUUACGCCAGUGGUCUCUGCAAUGGGAUGAGCAUGGCUACGAGCUGUACGAAGCCGGCGUCUCCUACCACGCGCUUCCUGCGAGCACUGAAGCAGAGGCCAUCUCCGCCACACAUAGAAUUGAAGCACGAGAGGUCGCUGAAACGCUGAUGACUUCGUUCUACGAGCUUGAGAGAGCCGCCCACAAAGCGUUGGGCGCUAUCAAGGGCAGGGACUUCGUUGCUUGGUGGAUUAAGAAGCUGCGAGAGAGUGCUGCAGGACUGAGCGCGAUUACAUUCGAAUCAUGGAAGGCUCAAUAA